AUGGAAGCAAGCACAGAAAAACUUUUACGUGACUAUUUACGAACUCUACAAAACAAUUUAAAUACUAAUACUAUAGAGUCCGUUAUAGACUUUUUACAGGAACCUUUAGACUUUCUUGAAAAUGGAACUUCAUGGCAUGGUCCAGCCUCGAGUCCCGAAACUCAAAAAUAUUUCAUUACAAAGCUCUACUCUAAGCAGUUAAAAUUUUUAAUAGAUAAUAUCAUAAUUAAUUGGUUUGAAACAUUAUUACGAAAACAAAAAGAUAUGCUUGUAAUGGAAUAUUUUGUACCAAAAGGAACCAAAAAUUUACAGAAAAUAAAAAGAGCAAGCAUCUCACUGCAAGUUUUAGUGUCUUACUUUUCUACUUCUUAUCAAUCACAGAAUGAUUUGAAGCCAUAUCAAAAACGUCAAACCUAUUUAGCAACAAUAAUUCAAAAGUUCAUAUUUUCACUUAUGAGAAAUUAUUCGAUUCAAGAUUUUUUUGAUGCGAUUUUAAAGAAUGAAGAUUUUGAUAUAAGAGAAAGAUAUUCGGAAUGGAAAGAAUUUGUUGGAUUAAUUUGCUCAAUACCAGAAAGAUCCGCGAAUUUGAUGGCUUUUAAUCAAAAUUUAGAAUCCAGAGAAGAAUUUCGUUUCUUGAGCGAAGCAUUUCAUCAUUCUACACCUAACAUAUAUUACAAGAUUUGGAAAAUCAUGAUUUCAUCGUUCUCAUCACACGUUGCUGAAUCAUUCCUUACAGCAUUUCUUCUUCAUUCUCAAAGUCAAGAUCUUUCAAAGAUCACAAAUCCUGUAUCCAAUGAUGAUAAGUCACGAUACCUAGUACGAAAAGUUGCUACACUUUUAAGUUUAUUAAUCGGGAAAGAUAACAACGAAAAUGUUACUUAUUUAAUCAAAUUCAAAUAUUUCGUUGGAGGAAAAAUAUUUCCUAUUAGCAUUGUCCGAGUUUUUAUUUGUUUCUUGAGUUGGGAUGGAUCUCAAGAUCGACCCGAUGAUAUGAUGCAAAAGUUUACCGGUCAAAUAGAUAACCUUAAAUUAGGUCCUAAUGAUGACUUGACGUUAUUGCUUAAAACGCUCAUAUCAUCCUGGUCUGAUCCUACAUUCACUAAGCAUGCAUCGAGCUCCAUGCAAAUGUAUAUCACUAGUGCCAUUCUAAUAAUAUUUGGAUAUCUUCCAAAGUCUACUUUGGUAAAAGUCGCAAUAUUGAGGGAUAUCACACCUGGGAUCACUCGAUGGCUACAAAGUACGUCUGAAGAAGCGAGGAAGCUGGGAAUGAUUACUGCGGAAAUAUUCUCAAAAUUAACUGACGUAUCAGAAAACGUUUUGGACUUUGAACUAAAUCCUGAAGACGAUGACGUGAAAUAUUUAAGGCAAUUGGCGGAACUUAAGGAUGGAAUUGUAGACUUGCCUGAUAUUUAUUACGAAGAUAAGCUUGAAGCUUAUCUGAAUGAAGAGAAGAUUUUAGAUGAAUCCUCUUAUUAUGAAGAUAAAGUCAAGAGUGAAGGCUUGGUCGAAAUCAAGAAUGUUAGGGAUGUUGACGAAACACGUGUUGUAGAUUCUGAUGAUGAAGACGACUUUGCUUCAGAUGAUCCUGAUAAGUUGGAGGUAGCAAUGAAUGUUGCAAAAAACCUAAUUAGACAGAAAACCGGCUUUGGAACAGAAUUAGAUGACCAUGCCAUGGAACUAGCCAAGGAUCUUAUUGGAUUGCAAGAUAAUUAUGAAUUGAAAGGAUUUGAAGAAAACAGACACGCAGCGAUGAUUGCUCUUAUAUGCGGUAGUCCUAAAAUUGCUGUACCAUUUAUUAUUCAACAAUUUUUCGAAAAAAAAUAUUCUCUUGCGGAAAGAUAUAUGAUUUUAUCAACAUUAUCAACAGGUGCAAGAGAAUUGGCUGGAUUACAAGAUAACAAGAGCAUUGAAGAUAAAAAGGAAAAGGAAACCGCUAUAAUGGAUACUUUAUCCCAGGAAAUUAGUAAAUUAGAUCUCACUAACAUAAGAACUUUAAAGGAAACAAGCAAUGAAAAAGUUCGCAGAUUUUCUCGUAAACCGUUGGUUGAAUCUACUCGUACAACUUCUGUUAAUAGGUUUAAUGAAUUGGCGGCAAAGACUUUCUUUUUCCCGUUAACGGCUGGAUUUUGGAAUUUGACACGAGAUAGGGAUCUUGGCAAUUUUAUGAAGGAUCCAACAUUAAUACAAAGAUACGUAACGACGUUAGGAGUAUUUGUACAAUGCUCUGUAAACACGAUUGCUCUUUCACAAAUAACGCGCGAAUAUUGGGAUUUGAUACUUUCUUUGAGAUUUUUUGAUGAUCUUGCGGUAUUAACUUCAAUUUUAUUUGGAAUAAAUGUAAUACUUAAUACUAGUUCAGAGAAAGAGUUAGCAGAAUCAUAUGGAAAAGAAUUAAUUGAAACAAACCAAUGGGUCACAACUAUAUUUGAAAAUAAGAUGAAUGAACAAGCCCAGUCCAUGGCUGCGUGGGUUUUAGUUAAAAUCAAAGGAAUCGUUACAGCAUAUCAGAGAUUAUUAAUGGAAGAUUUGUUACCACUUACUUAA